UUUCAAGUGCAAUGACACAUCGUUUGGGUUGCGAAAAGAUCCUUCGGGAAUUCGAAUUGUCCGACGAGGAUUUAGCAGAACGUGGUAAAUUUGAUGUUCAAAAAUACAAUGGACCUUGGAACCGAAAGCUGCAGGCCCACGGCGAAGGUAGGGCGAAGCUAGUCAACGGCUCUCGAUACGAGGGACAUUUUCGAAAGGGAUUACCGCAUGGAAAAGGUCGCUUAUUCGUUAGAGACGGCUAUCAUUAUGAUGGGCGCUGGCGUAAAGGUCUUAAGCAUGGAAUGGGCCGUAUUCAUUAUCCGGACUGCUCUUGGUACCAGGGAGAGUUUCGUAAAGAUUUACGUCAUGGCUGUGGCAGCUACUAUUAUCCUAACGGGGCACAGUACCAAGGAAAUUGGUUCAAGGAUCAACGACAUGGCAUAGGAAAUUACACAUUCAGUGAUGGUAAUAUUACGCUACGGGGUACUUGGAUUGAAGGUGUUGCCCGUGGUCCUGCAGAAGUUGUUAUGGAGGACUGUCGCUAUAACGGAUACUGGGAAGGAAAUUUUCCUAGAGGACCAGGUUAUUUCAGUUUCUCUGCGAAAGUUAUGGUUAAGGGCAAGUUUUACAUUGAUAAAAAAGAAGGAGGCGAGACAAAAACACUUGUGUGGAAGCCAGAAGCAUUCGAGAAUUACGAAUACUCGAAACUACCUCUAGAGCCUAUUCCAUUUCCAGUGGAACAGUCGGACAUGUCGGAAACAAGCUCUUCAGAUGAGGACGAAUGUCUUUCUCGUGAAUCAAGUAUUAUGUUGAGUGAAUAAUGUGU